AUGGCAUCCGCCUCCCCCGAAACGCCCAUGAACUACCUCAUAACCGGCGCCGCCCGCGGCAUCGGCCGCGGCCUAACCCGCAACCUCCUCUCGAAGGGGCACCGCGUCUUCCUCCUCGACUCCAACAAGCCCGAACUGGACAACACAUUAUCCCUCGCCCCGUCCUGGACCAGCAAAGCAGCCAACUCUUCUUCUUCUCUCCCCCAAUUCCAGGGCCGCGUCGUCGACCUGGCCGACCGCGCGCAGCUCAAGGCCGCCGUCGCCGAAGCCUCGACCUUCUUCGCGGGGCGGCUGGACGUGCUGGUCAACAACGCGUUCGCGACACCGCACGUCUGGAGCGGGGACCGGCGCAUGGACGAUGCCGCGGACGACACCAUCGAGCGCGAGUGGGACGUCAAGCUAGCCGUGGGCCUGACGGCGCCAUUCCUACUAGCCCGCCUGUGCGUGCCGAUGCUGAGAGCAGCCGCCGCCGCCGCCAAAGACGGAGCCCGGCAACCCGGCUCCAUCGUCAACGUCUCGUCCACCCGCGCGCACCAGGCCGAGCCGAACCACGAGGCGUACAGCGCGGUCAAGGCCGGCCUGCUCGGCCUGACGCGGAGCAUGGCCGUGUCGCUCGGCGGCGCGUACGGGAUCAGGGUCAACGCCAUCACGCCGGGUUGGAUCGACGUGGACGACGAGAACGCGGCUGCGGAUGCGAAGGGCGGCGCGAGGUGGGGCGAGGCGCUGGGCGAGGCGGAUCAUGCGUGGCAUCCUGCCGGCCGCGUGGGCCGCGUCGAGGAUAUCGCGAAGGCGGUCGUGUUUUUGGCGGAGAGCGGGUUUGUGACGGGGGAGGAGAUUGUGGUGGAUGGGGGCGUGACGAGGAAGAUGGUAUACCCGGAGGAAUGA